UACAUUUGACGUCGGCGACUUCCCACAAUGCCACUCGCGGGCGAUGAAAUAUUGCGUCUUAAACAACAUGGCGGAUUAAUAUCUUGCCACAGUCCUGCAGGGAUUCUUCUUCUCGUCGAUUCAUGUACUUUUACUUCUCACUGAAGAAACGCUGGUGAGCAGGUCCUGAUGUUUCGCCGCUCAAGGUUCAACGUUCGCCCGAACGUGGGUGGUGCCGGGAGGACAGCUUCAUCACAGGAUGCUGUACCGGCAAGUCAGGAGACAAAAGAGACGACGAAAGACGUCGAUGAGAGCUUGGCAGCCUCCGUGGUGACUGACAGCAAGCUCGUUGAUGCGUCUGUGGCGGAAACUCCCACCGUUAGUGAUGGAAAUGAUCCAAGUGGGGAUGGCAGCAUCUCCUUAACUGCUCUUCAGAGGAGGAAACGCUUCUCUAUCAAGCCCAGGGUGGCCCCGGGUCGCCUCACUGCUCUUCCUCGAACGCCAAAGUCCCCCGCCAAGGUGGGCUCUGAAAGUCCCCCCACAAAUUCAAACCUCGAGCCACAAAUUGAAACUCAAGCAGUACCGCCUGGAGCCCAGUCGCCGAUGUCACCCGAGUCGGAGCAGGAGCCACAGCCACAGCAGAAGCCGGAGCCCGUCCUCGUCUGUUAUGAUGGUUCAGGACAAGCAGCUGCUGUCUCCGCUGACCACUCUCCAAAAGGAACCAAAAAAACUGAGAAGACAUUGGCACCGUUGGACGACUGUCUCAUCAAAGUUCCUUACAGGGCGCCGGACAAAGUGGCCCUGCCAGACAAAGAAGCGGCGGCACUGUCAGAGAAAGCCAAGACUCUCCUGUCAUCGAAGAGCAGGAAGUCGUCGAUUCCCCGAUUUUCCCUGAGUCGACUUUUGAACGACCCGUCUGACAUUCAGAGGAUGGAAAAGGCUCAGAAGCUCCGUGACAUGCUCAGACAGGAGAUGCGGAACGAAAAGAAUGCCAAGAGAGCAAAGAGGAAGCAUGACAUGGAGUUCAAUUUGGAUCCCUCCAAAAUGACCAUGAGGGACCUCAUCCGCUACCUGCCGUUGUCCAACCCUAUGUCAUCCAGUGUAGAAGACGGCGGCACUCUGGAGAACGAGACUGUCGUUCCAUUUUCCCCAAGGAGAGAAAAAUUGCCCAAGAUAGUGCAGAAACUGGAGUCAGAAGUUGUCCCGACAGCGGGGAGCCAGGCGGAGGAGGAACAGGAGGAAGAGGCGGCGGCGGCAGAGGAGGACGACGGUGAAGAUGAGGCGCUGACGGUGCCCCGGGUCAAAGUGGCCGAAGAUGGCACGCUGAUCCUGGACGAGGAGAGCUUGACGGUGGAGGUCCAGCGAGCCAAAGGACCGAACCCGGCCGAGGACCGAGACCCCAUCUUUGAGCGCGGCUCCACCACCACUUAUUCCAGUUUUAGGGCGUCCACCUACUGCAAGCCCUGGACCAGGGAAGAGACAGACAUGUUCUUUCUGGCGAUCAGCAUGGUGGGAACAGACUUCUCCAUGAUAGGCCAGCUUUUUCACAACAGAACUCGAGCUGAGAUACGGGUCUGUCAAGGAGAGAAAUGCUGUGAUUAUUUCUGGGGUUACGUAAUGAUUAACGUGGAUGUAUAUUGUGUGUGCGUGCGUGUGUGCUUAUGCACUCGUGCUCGCGCCUUUGUGUUCAUUUGCGUGCGCUUAAACUUACAGAACAAAUUUAAAAAAGAGGAGCGACAGAACUCCUGGAGAAUCGACAAAGCUUUCCGAGAGAGACGCAAGCUGGACAUUGAGUAUUUCUCGAAGCUGCUGAUGAAGAUUCUAGAAGUCCAAGCCAACAGGAAGAAGCUCAAGUCGCUUGUGGUGAAGAACGUCUACAAGAAGCGCCAGAGGAGCUCAAAGCGUGCAACGAGUAAAGAAUUUGUGGACGAGGUCUUCGACAGCGAGGAGGGGCAAGAAGAAGAAGAGGAUGAGAUUGAUGUCUUCUCAAGCUCGGACACGGAGGACGGCGAGAAAGAGAAUGACAAUAUCUGUAAGGAUGGAAGAAGCCCUGUCUCAAAGGCCAGGAAGAAACGCAAAGGCCAGAGCGCGGAGAACGACUCGGCUGCGACACUAAAGAAGACCAAAAGCAAUGCGGGUGAAAAGAGCGGUGAAGAAGAUGAUACCUGCACACCUGAAGCCACAGGGGCACCCCUUCCUCAGGAUCAACCCAAUUCAGAAGUAUGCGAAUGUACGGAGACGGACAAAUCAUCCGAGCGCACAUCAAUUAACCCCGCCAAACUCUCACGAGGCAGAGCGGCCAAACCAGUCCUGCCCCUGGGCCGAAAGUGGAGUAAGAAGCUGCCACCUGGUUCAACUACCGCGAAGGCUGAAGACAAUGCGUCUGCUACAGAGGAUGCCAGUGUGGCGAGUGAAGCCUCAAGAGAGCAGAUGAACAAAGCGACAACGCCACCUAGAGGAGUCAGUGAGGAGGAGAAUGGUGACGGUGAUGAUGGUAGUGAAGGUGGUCUUUCUUCUGGUGGUGAAGAUUUCUCUGCCAAACCGCCAAAACCCACGAGGUAUGGGAGAAUCCCCAAGCCUCGCAGCGUCUUAAAUUACCCUGCCAAGGAAGAGGGGCCCACCAGUAAAUCUGAGCGAAAGUGCACCUCCAAGAGGAACAGAUCAACCACGGCACCUUCGGCUGCCCCAGCGUCCAAAAAGUCCAAACUUAUUACCCUGCGAGCAUCGCAGUCUGAAUCCAGCGAGGAUGAGGAGGAGCAGGUCCAGCAGAGGGAUGACGGAGUUUUUGUGCCCGCCUGCCUGCGCUCUCCCUCGAUUGUCAUCCCGCAGGUGGAUGAGACAAUGGAGGAGCUUGAUAUCUUGGGAAAUAUGUCUACUGUGUUGGACAUUUCCCAAGAUACACUUUGCCCCGAUUCCCUCUGUGUGGGGGACAAAAGUGAGACGGAGGUACCCGAAGCGUGUGUCCAUCAGUUGGACCUUCUAGUCGAUGUUAUUGACUUACUUUCUACUGAGCACACCGAAGUGUCCGAGGUGGAGAGCUACAACGAGGCUGCUCAGACAUUGCUGGCCAUUGGUAACAUGUCUCAACUCUCUCAGUCGGAGACCAUGCCUGAUCAGAGAACAGAGACAGACUCGGAAAGUGUGACUGAGACCAACACAUUCUUGGAGGAAGAGAUAGCCGAAUUCAUCAAGGAAAAUGGUUCCAGCCCAAUCCCGUUUACGUCAACAGACCACGGAGUUACAGAGACGAUUGAAGCUCCCAUUUCAGCACCUUCACUUCAGAGAACUGUUUCAGGUCCUGACUCGAGUCCUCCUGUGCAUUCAAGCCCACCGACGAGCAGAGGUUCCUCAUCCAAGGUGAAACCAAAACCUAACCUAACCGCUGCCUCAAGGACUACCCAUUCCAAAUGUCAACCAGACGUUUCACCGGUGGAGUCUCCCGUGGAGUGCUGCAAUCCUGCGCCCAUCCUUUCUCAAGAAACAAUCCCUAUGGAAGAAGAGUUUUAUCAGGCAUCAAAAAGGCAGACUUGUGACUUAGAAUCGGCUGGCACCGAAGCCAAGUUUACAGAUGCUGAAAGCGGUCAUAAUUACGUGGCUACAUCAUAUGUUGCAGUCACAGAACCACAAACUGAUAAGUCAAACGCACUUUUGCCACAAGGAAGUGGAGAUCAUGACGCUGCCAGGCAAGAUAUACUUAAAUGUCAGAAACUGAGUGACUCUCAAGAGACCAGGUGUCGAUUGCCAAAGGUCAAACCAAAACCAAACCUUUCACAAAUAUCAAGACGUGCACGGUGUAUACCUCAGACUGCAGAAGAGACAAGCCUGUUGUCAACUCUGGAAUCAACCUUGAAAACAACAGCAGGAGCAGAACCGCAGCCAGCUUCUUUAGAGACACCAGGUCACAGCACAAGUUCUGCUUCAAAUGUGACACCAAUUAUGAAUUUAAGCGACCGUAUGAUACAGUCCAAUGAACUGACUUCUAACGAGGAGAAAGUGGUAAGUGUUGGACAUGUAGCAGAUGACACAACGUCCACAGAUGCUGAUGCGGUUGAAAGAGGUCAUAAUGCCAAGGCAGCUCCUCAAUCCGGAGCCGAAGUGUCAAAGACACAUGUGGUGCAGGAAGGUGGAGAAUUUCACACUGCCAUGCGGGAAGAAUCGAAAGAACCACAGCCAGCUUGUCCCCUCUCUCCUGGCACAAGCACUCAGAGCGCCAGCACGGCUUCGAAUGCGGCUUCAGGCAUGAACGUAAGUUCAGUCAUGAUACUUUUAGAAGAACUGACCCCUGGAGAGGAUACGACGUUAGGUGAUGGACUUGCUAUGGGAGAAACAAAGUCCACAGAUGCUGGUCAUACGAAUGAGACCGCAGAAUUCACCGAACUAGAGACUGAAGAGUCAAAGAACGCUUUGGAGCAAGAAUCUGGAGAUUAUGACAAGGAUCUACUUGCACGUCAGAAAGAGAGUGAGGUUGUUUUUGCUAAGCAGACCAGAAGGAGUCGAUUUCCAAAGGUCAAACCAAAUCUUCUCCAGACUUCAAGGAAUGCACAGGGUACACGUCAAAACGCAAAAGAAAUGAGCCAGUCUCUAAAUCUUGAAUCGCCUUGCAAAAAAGCAACUGAGGUACGUCCACAGCCAACUGGUCAAAUCAGCACUUCUGCUUCGACUGUGACUGCAGUCUUGAGUGAUACCGGUGAGAUACUUUCAGAGGAACUGACUCCUCAUGAGCAGAAAAAGCCAGGUUUUACUCCUGGAAACACAAAGCCCACAGGUUUUGAAACAGUUGAAAGUGGUCGUAAUAAUGAGGCAACAUCUGAUGCAGCAGUCACAGAACCACAGACCAAAAAGUUAAAUAAACCCUUGGACCAAAAAGAUGGAGAUCAUGGCAGUAGCUUGCAGGAGUUACCCAAAGGUCAGAAGUCGACUCAAAUUGUUUCCAGGAGGAGUCGAUUCCCAAAAAUCAAACCUAACCUUUCGCAGAUAUCAAGAAGCUCACUGUCUAAAUGUCAAACCACAAAAGAAAGUAGCACAUUCUCAGAUCUUGAAUCCACCUGCAAAACAACAGCUGAAGUGAAAUCACAGCCGACUUGCUCCUUCUCCAUUCAAAAUCCAAGUCAAAGUGUCAGUUCUCCCUCAACUGUGAUGCCAGUCAACGACUUAAGACCCACUCUUAGACCUUCAGAGCAAAUCGCUUCUAGUGAGGAGAUGGGGACAGGUCUUGGACCUGCUGCCAGAGACACAAAGUCCACAGAUGGCAACGUAGUUGAAAGCGGUCGUGAUCAUGAGGCAGCAUCACAAUCAACUUCUGAGACUUGUCAAAAUGUUACUUCAGGUGCGAGGACAUCUUCACCUGACGGUACAAAUCAGGAAUACUCCGAGGCAUCGAAUCACACUCGAGAAGCAAUUCAAAGACACCGACGCCUCCCUAAGGUCAAACCUAACUUGAGGUCACCCGCUAGAGCAACACAGUCAACGUCGCAGUCAAGGGAUGGACUGGACAAACCCUCCAAUGUAACAUCGGACUGUCAGUCAGUGUCAGCGAGUCCACAGUGUGCAAGCAGUGAGGUUGGCUCCACCAAAACGUCCGACUUGUCCAUUAUUGAAGGUGAGAGCAGUGAAACUCCAGCAGUGGGUGAGGAAACAGCCAGCAAUGUUGCUCUCCAUCUGGAAAGGGUGAUGGCGACUAGUAUUUCUUUAAAUCCCACAACUGACUGCCCCUCCUUAAACAUCACACCGCCAGAUUCAUUCCGGGAAAGUUCUAGAACCACUGAAGCCAAGGCUGAAACCCCCAAAUGCACCGAGGAUACUUUGCUUACCUCAACCUCCACAAUGAAACGAAGCAGACCUGUCAAACCCCAGCCCAAUGUUGGACGUGGAGCUCGACAGUCCCGACAAGUGGCGGUCACAACGGGAUCAGCCACCUCUGGUCCUCGAGGGCAAACGACUGUCCUGCUGACGCCAGUAGAAGGAGCCAAAGAGCAAGUUAAAUCUGUCUCCUCGGCAUCCACAAGUGAGGCGCCAGAACCUGAGUGCCACAUCCAGGAUGACUCGGCGUCAGUCAGUGGAGCAAACCAAACUUCUGCAAAUCUCUCAGUAUUUCCAGACACGCUGUCAGUGCCGUCGGAUCCAGAUGAGCCCUUCUUCAUCCUGUCCUUGAUGGAAGUCCCGCUGGACGAGUCUUCCCAUCAGCCCCCUCAGGCAGAUCUAACAGUGCAACACAGCCAUCCUGUGGACAGUGCAGUUGCAGGGACGGACUGCACCGCACCCGGCGUUCUAUCGGGGGAGAUGGGUGUCACUAAGAGUGCAGUCACGGAGCAUCCAGUCCUACCAGCGCCACCUGCAGGAAGUGAAGACACAACCGCUUCAGCUGUUUUAAGUUCUCCCCAAAGGAGACCCAAAGGCUUCCUCUCCUUCCUAACUAGAACGAGCAGCGCUGGCCAUUCCGAGUCGUCUCGUGGCAAAGCUGCUUCCCGCCGACCGAACGUUAGCAAACCUGUGCCCAGGAAGCGACCGACGGCACCAACUGCGGCCCCCCAACCUGCGACUACAGAACAAAAAGUGGAAUCCAAACCAUUAACAUCCUGUAUAAUGCCAUCACAACCAUCACCUCGUCCCUCUGGCUCUUCAACCCAAGUUUCUGCGUGUCAACACGGCAGCAGCGUUUCGGUGGUCCAAGAGCAGCCCACCAACGUUUCCCAGUACUUCCUAAGUGAUAUUUUUACUGAAGUUAAUGAAACAUAAAAAGCACUCAUUUCCGCUCCUUUACAGCUGAAUUUCUAACGUGCACUUCUCACAUGAAAUGAUUGAGUAUAGGGUCAAAUCAAAGGAUCCUAAAAUGCCUUUUCAGCUGACCUUUUCUGAACUUGUUCAUGUACAAAAAAAAAUCCAUCUUGAUAUUUCACCUCAAAGAUGCCCCACUCACUUUUUGUGAGUAAGGUGCCUUUGUUGUUCAGCACUUUGUGUAUAUACAUGUACAUUUUUUUCAAGUUACCCAGAUUCCUAUUUUUCAACUUUGCCCUGAAAAACAAAAUCCAGACUGACGUUGGGACAUCACGCUGUGGAAUAAUGUGAAGCAUCAGCAACCUCUUCUUGCGUGUUGUUUUGUACAGGCCUCGUGACCACGCUAUACGCAAAACAUACAAUAACUUUUCAAUGAGCUCAAUGAGACUCGAGCUACUUAUGCAACUGGAUGGACAUGAAGUUGUUUUGUUUCUGCUGUAACGACUUCAAACGUGUGACAAAAUGGUUUUCUUUACGAUCCAAAUAAACACGUUCCUCCACCUAAA